AUGUUGGCAAUCCCUUGUAGCAUUGGUGAUUUGCAUGUCGAAAGUGCAAUGCUAGAUCUUGGAGCCUCAAUCAAUGUCAUGCCAUACUCGAUUUUUCAAUCUCUCAAUGUUGGACCUUUGGAAGAAAUCGGAGUCAUCAUUCAAUUAGCGGACAAGUCAAGUGUAUUUCCAAGGGGCGUGUUGGAAGAUGUACUAGUGCAAGUCAAUCAACUAGUAUUUCCCGCGGACUUCUAUGUCAUUGACCUUGAUGAGAAGACCCCUUCUAAGUCUUCCAUGAUCCUUCUUGGAAGACCUUCUAUGAAUACUGCUCACACGAUAAUCGAUGUCCAUAAUGGGAAGAUCACCAUGGAGUUCGAUGGAGAGACCAUUCACUUCAAGAUCUUUGAAGCAAUGAGGUAUCCUAGCAAUAUUUCUCCAUUUUAUCAGGUCGAUGUGAUUGAACCAAUCACCCAAGAACUAUUCAAGUUAUCACAUGGAGAUAUUUUGAAAAUGGUGCUCAACUUGAGUCUUGAUUGUGAAAGUUUGAAGAAAGAAUUGGAUAUGUACAUAUUGGACUCCGAAGUUGAAGAGAUUGUGAAGACUUUAGAAGUUAACAAUUCCACAAAGAAGGAUGUUUCUCAAGUUUCCUUAUCUCAUUCUCCAAACAAGAUGCCCCCUUCAAUAAUCCAACCACCCAUACUUGAAUUGAAAGUCUUUCCUAGUCAUUUGAAGUACGUUUAUCUAGGUCAAGACGAAACUCUUCCGGUGAUCCUCUCCUCUCAAUUGAAAGACUUUGAAGAAAUCAAUUGGUUGAAGUAUUGA